AUGGAUUGUGGCCGCCCCUCUCGAAUGCGGCCACUGCCAUCUUUUAAACGCCCGCCACCCUCCAGCUCGUUCACCACGCUUCUCGUCCUUCUCGCUUGCCUGCUGAUACAGCCUGUGUCCGCCGUUCUGAUCCCUUUCGACAACUGCCUCCCCGACAGCUACAGGAACUACGAACCGUUGCCGUUGCAAUGGAGCCCUGUUUAUGUUGACGCUCGAUUCGACACCGAAAACCCGAACCAUUCACUUCAAAUCAUUGUAUGGGGCAACGUGUCGGGCUCGUACUAUAACGUCAGUCUACCGCCUGUUGGCGAUCCGCGCUGGAACGAUCCUAGUCAGCAUGAUGGCAAGAUUCUCCGUUUCACCAAAGAGGGCAACAAAGUCACUACCCUCGCGAGCAAAGUCAACUUCUUGACAUACGAGCCUUUCAGCAAUGUCUCCAGCUUCUGCAACUACAGCCUCGUCAACGGCUCCUGCCCCCUCAGCCCGGUCUUCAACUCUACGCCCAUCACGAACCCGUAUGGCAACUUACCUUCAGUGAAUAUCACAACCGAUAUGGGUUCGUCGUAUGCCUUCGCCUCGCUUGCCGCGACUCUUCAGGUCAUUUAUGGAGACGACUUGGCAAAGCAUAUCGGCUGUGCUUCUGCCACCAUAACCCCUGAUUUGGGUGGUACUCGCGAUCUUUUGCGUUACUUGCCGCUCGUCGUGCUCCUUUUUGUUGGGUUCGCGACCAUGUUCGCCUCCGUGUUCAGCCCGUGGGGGUCGACGGACAUCUUUCAGUGGACAACCAACUAUGGCCGGGAUGCCGAUUUGCUGCGCUUAGUGACGCCAGGAUUCGGGGAUUGCCUUCAGUACAUCCAGUUUGUGGCCCUUACUGGUGGGCUUACUCUCAACUACCCGGGGUUUUAUCAGCCUGUUGUCAGCCAGGUGAGCUGGUCCGCAUUGAUGUUUAACGAGAGCUUCGUGAGCAAGUCUCCGGGCUGGCAGCCCAUCCAAGAUGGGAUCUAUGUAACCAACGGCUCCUAUGGAUUACACCGCUACGCGCAAAUGGUGGGCAUGACCGAUGUCGAGGAUAUCUGGGCCGGGACCAUGAUUUGGGUCUGCGCCAUCAUUGCAGCGCUGCUUGUCCUCACUCAGAUCGGAUUCUUCUGUCGCUGGGUUCUGCGAUUUAUUAGCGAUACCCCUGAGGAGGACCUUCGAGCCAAGAAUAUCCCCUUCUCUGUGGGCAAUGUUGUGCGUAUAGUAUUCAACUACCUGCUGCUGCCCAUCGUUGCACUGUCGACGUUUCAACUGGUCGUUGCCAGUCAGUCCCAAGACUUUGCGGUCGCGUUGGCUGUCAUUACCCUUCUCAUCUUGGUAUGCUUUGCUGCAUGGCUCCUAUACUUGAUUUUUAGGACUAGACCGAGAGCCGUUCUCUUCGAUGAUCUGCCGACUGUGUUGCUCUACGGACCGCUUUACAACACCUACUCGGAUGAGGAAGCAGCCUUUGCACUCGUCCCAGUUACGGUCACAUUCAUCCGCGGCAUUGCGAUUGGCGCGGUGCAGCCUGUUGGGAUUGCACAAAUUGUCCUGCUCGCCAUUUGCGAGGUCAUUCACGUGUUGACCCUACAUGCAUUCCGGCCUUUUCAGUCUCCGACCUCAAUGAACGCUUACCACACUCUUUUCUCGGUUUUGCGGUUCACCACCGUCAUGCUCAUGGUCGCUUUCGUACCACAGAUGGGCGUGACCGAAGGCCCCAAAGGAUGGAUCGGCUAUACAAUUUUGUCAAUACACGCCUGCGUUUUGGUUCUCGGAUUCCUUCUGAAUGCGUUGAUUACGAUUAUUGAAGUCACGGCACGACUCCUUGGCGCCGGAGGCGACGAUGCCCGCGGUCUCACUCGUGGUGGUUUGUCAAAGAUCUUUGGCAUGCGCCAGCUGCAGCGCCGUACUUCCCGGAGAGGCCAUGGGGCACUGUCCCGGGCCAGCCACCUGUCUACCACGGGCAUGCUCGAUGCCGAAGAAACGUCAAAAACCGGCUAUGUGAUGCGCGGUGGCAGGUUAAGGAGCGAGUCGGCAGGUAGUGGGUUUCUCCUCCGGAGCCAACAGCGCAGCUCCUCCGCCCUCGACAGCAUCGACCCAUAUACCGGACAGGUUCGUAACUUCGACAGUGGCAGCAACUUUACCCCGACGACGCCCGGUGAAGUCAGCACGUUCUCUUUCCUGCCAUCCCCUGCUGCCGCCACCCGGCCCCCUGCUGCUGUUACUGUUGAAUCCGCAGACCCAUAUUACCGGCCUCCAAGACGCCGUGGUGACACCCUUAACGGCUCGUCCACGUCUUUGCAGCAUCGAGCCUCCGUCGCCGAAUCCCGUCGUUACAGCCAGCCCGGUGCACAUCUCGGGGAUGCUGCGGCGGACUUGGAGGCACAGUUAUCAAGGGGCCCAACACCAGCUCCUCAGGCCAUAAACCUCGCACCCAGAGCAGACUACUCGACCAGAGAGGUUGACUUUUACUAUGGAGUUCGAGGUCCCGCUCUCAAUUCGGAGGGGGUUGGCCGUAAGCUCAGGACAGGCCCCGCUGACCCGACAAAACCAAUGGCCACAGCUGCGGGGUGGUUCCGUACCAUGUUCGGUGGUAAGAGUAAGGAGAAGGGAAAGGGAUUCGAGGUGGUGCGAAGCUCGCGGAUGCCGCCAGCUAUGCGUGCCGCAGCCGAUGCGGAGUACGAUGCCGAGCUUCCACCGGAAGGCAUCCCGGUUGCUAUGGGUGUCUUGAGGAACGGGCCAAUUGAUUCCGACGAUGACGAACCGAGCAACAAGGCUGCACGGAAACGCCCAGGUAAUGGGGAGAACUCGGAAAAUCUGCUCAGCGACGGUGUCUCGGUCGUAUCUUCCGAAUCGGAGAUUGAAGAGAUUGGCAUACCGAAAGUGUCUGAUGCACCGCCAACCCUGCCGGGGAUAGCAAGCUCGGGCAGCUUCAAGUUAUCAAGUCGAGUUCCGUCAAAAGCAAGUCGAUCUGCUUCACAGAAACACAGGCGUCAGUCCACGAAAUCUGACAUUCCAGAAAUUCCGCGGAAGAGCUCCAAGAGGGACUCUGUGACAGCACGAGGGCACUCACCGGCCCCUUCGUUGAAUCUGAUCCCGCCGACUUCACCCACGGGUCCUCUGAGCGGCGAGCCACCCAGAGGCAUUACUGCUCCGGAUGGUCUUGCGUCGUCGCCAAACACUGAGCGACUCCCCUUCCAGCGGUCAGACUCGCAUCAGAAACGCUUGUCUUCCAGUGGAUCCUCUCUAGAAGAAUUCAAUAUUCGCAGGACGCCGAGCACCGAAAGACCAACCAGUUACGGCGUUGUUGCUCAGCACAGUAUCAGCAGAGUUGAUCCUGGGUCCGAUCAGCAGGUCGAUCUUUUGGGGGCUUCUGCUGAGCUCGUGGAUGAGCAAGGACCUCCCAGCAGGUGUUCUUCGGCUAGAGGUCAAGCUUACUGA